AUGUUCAUGCUCAAGAGCUUGUUCGGCAAGAUCUGGGGCGACUCCAACAACCAGGAGCUCAUCCAGAUCCCCGCAGGCGCACUCUACCUCGUUCGUCCCACCAACGGCCCCCAAGGCUCGCGCGAGUGCAUCUACGAGGACGCCGUGCUCGCCAUCCGCAGAACCACCUCCGAGUUUCACUAUCAGCUCGUCGUCACAAAGGCGUUUCAGGACUCCCAGCCCGAGCUCGUCGACCAGGAGGAGGACGACUUGGAGGACGAGCGCGCCUUCUUAAUCGACCACGCACUCGACUUCCGCCUCUCCACCCGCGGCAAGGAGCGCACUUUGGUAUGGCGCGACUUUGACGGCGACCAGGACGACCUGCUCGAAUUCGUCAUCGACAACAAGCAGGUCAACGAGGUCACCAUCACCAUCUUCGAAAUCACCUACCUCCAGUGCGUCUACGAGCAUGCCUUCCGCACAAGUCACGAGCGCGCAUCCGAAGAAGACCUCGACAAGCUUCGCUACAAGGACGAGGCCGAUCAGAAGCUCAAGCGCGAACAAAAGGACCAACUCGACAAGAAGCUACAAGAUGCCGGCAUCGGCUCCAAUGACGCCAGCGCAUCUGCAUCCGCGUCCGCGUCCGCAGCCAAGCAAGAGCCGGCUGCUCUCGAAAUCGCUCCGACUGUAGCGCCCGCUGCCGACACGGCCGGUCCGCAGAUCGACGAGAACUCGAUCGUCUUUUCCGCAAAGGCCGACCUCUACCUUUACGACCUCAAGUCGCAGUACUUCCUCGUCCAGGAGCGCAAGGUCGACAUCAAGGUCGUAGAGGCCGGUCGCUUCCUCUUCUGGCUCUCCAUCCAGGGCGCAGACAAGACAUGGCUCGCACAAAAGGUCGAGAGCGACAUGAACAUGAACUUCUCGCCAGAACAGACCUCGGCCGUAUGGAACUACUUUACAGACGAUCGACAGUGCUUCUCUUGGCUUCUCCGAUUCGAGGACAAGGAAGCCUACGCCCACUUCCACAAGGGCUUCAGCCAGGUUCUCUACGAGACCCAAAACGAAGAACCCUGGAGCAAGGCGAAGAGCGACGACCGCGCCUAUGCAGAGACCGCAUACGAGCAGGGCGAGCCCAUGGACCUCGACGACAUUAGCGAGAGCGAAGCUGGCGACGAGUCCGUCCGCACCGCCCGCCAAGAUGAGGAGGAGGACGAGGAGGAGGAGGUGGCCGCCGAGCUUCAGAGCGGCGGUGCCGACUCGGACCAAGCAGCUUGGCCCGAAGAGACUUCGUUGCUCGCCGGAAAGCAGGACGUCAACUCGUUGCUCGCCGUCGGAUACAAGUUCGACCGCUCCUUCGUCGCCCGCGGCGACAAGAUCGGCGUCUUCCGCCACACUGACGACAAUAGGCUCGAGUUCGACACCACCAUCAACAACGUCGGCACCCCAUCCGGCAAGGGCUUCAAGCCACUCAAGAUGAUGCUCCACAACCAGGACGCGCAGAUGGUCAUGAUGGACCCGUCCAACAAGCACGCGCUCUACAACAUGGACCUCGAAUACGGAAAGAUCGUCGACGAGUGGAAGGUGCACGACGACGUACAAGUCAGCAACGUCGUGCCCACCAGCAAGUACGCGCAGAUGACGGGCGAAAAGACGAUGAUCGGACACAGCCAGAACGGCAUCUUCCGCAUCGACCCGCGUCUCGGCGGCAACAAGCUCGUCGACUCGCAGUUCAAGCAGUACGCCGCCAAGAACGACUUCUCCGUCGCCGCCACCGACGACAAGGGCCGUCUGGCAGUCGCCUCCAACAAGGGAGACAUCCGUCUGUUCGACACCAUCGGCAAGAAUGCCAAGACGGCGCUGCCUGCCCUCGGCGAUCCCAUUAUCGGCAUCGACGUGUCGACGGAUGGACGCUACAUCAUCGCGACGUGCAAGACCUACCUCUUGCUCAUCGACACCCUCAUUGGUUCGGGUCGUUUCCAGGGGCAGCUUGGCUUCGACCGCUCCUUCCCCGCAGACGCAAAGCCGCAACCCAAGAGGCUCACACUCAAGCCCUCGCACGUCGCCUUCAUGGGCUCCGAGAUCUCGUUCACCCCCGCUCGCUUCAACACGGGCACAGGCCCCAACGCCGAGACUUCGAUCGUCACCAGUACAGGCCCCUACGUCGUCAGCUGGGCAUUCAAGAAGGUCAGGAACGGCGAACUGGGCUCGUACGUGCUCAAGCGCUACGGUGGUGAGAUCAUCCAGGACGAGCACACCUACGGCUCUGACCAGGCCAUCGUCGUUGCGUUCGAGCACGACGUCCAGAUGGCAAAGAGGAGCCAGCUGCUCAAGCCGACGCGCAAGUCUCUCGCACCUGCCGGCUUCGGUCGUUGA